AUGACUCCCAAUCUGCCCGCAACCCAUCAAGCCGUCUACCUUCCCGCUAAGGGGGAACCGACGACCCUGGUUACCAGGGAGACACCGCGAGCUGGCCCCGGCAGCGUCGUCGUCCGCGUGCUCUCAGCUUACGUGGUCUCGUACGCGAAAGAGGUAUACGGACUCGAACGACCACACCGUCUUCCCACCCCCUUCGUUCCCGGCUCCGGCGCCAUCUGCCGGGUGGAAGAGGUCGGCCCGGAUGCAACGUCCAUCUCCCCGGGCCAGCUCGUGCUGUUCGACAUGAUGAUCCGCGCUCGUGACAACCCGUCUGCAUUCUACCUAUCCGGGACCAUCACAGGCCUGUCCGAGACGGCCCACAAGUUCGCGGAAGGCGAGUUCCGCGAUUCGACGUACGCCGAGUACGCGAGAAUCCCCUUAGAGAACUGCCUCCCGCUGAACGAGCAGCGCCUCGUUGGGGAGCUGGGCUACACCAUCGAGGACCUGACCCACCUCAUCCCGCCGAUGGUGGGGUACGGCGGCCUGCGCGACGUCGGCCUCCAGGCCGGCGAGACAGUCGUGAUAUCGCCCGCGACGGGCAAAUACGGAGGCGCCGCGGUUCACAUCGCGCUGGCGCUGGGCGCGAGGGUGGUCGCGAUGGGGCGCAACGAGAAGCGACUCGAGAAGCUCGCCCUGCUGGGCUCCCGCGUGUCGACGGUCAGGAUUACGGGUCAGGUUGACGCGGACGCCGCCGCUAUCAGAGAGAAGGCUGGGGGCUUGGUUGACGUGUGGUUGGACCUGUCUCCGCCGGAGGCGAGCGGGUCGACCCACUUCAAGAGCUGUAUCCAGACGCUCAGGCUUGGUGGUCGAAUUAGCCUGAUGUGUGCUGUGGUGGGUGUUUCGCUGGACUUUUCUGAUAUCACCUAUCGCGCGGCGACUGUCAAGGGGACGAUGAUGUGCUCCCGUGAUGAGGCGCUGCAGGUCAUCAAGAUGGCCGAGGCGGGCGUCUUGCCACUGGGGCCAAAAGUUGGGCUUGAUAUAGUCGGCAAAUUCGGAUUGGACAACUUUCAGUCAGCUUUGGAUACGGCUGCAAAGUAUAAUGGCCCGGGCGAAAUGGUCAUCGUGACGCCUUGA